AUGCAACCAACACUAUUUAGACUUGUUGAAUUACCUAAUUGUGCUCAUUAUCAUACAGAAUUUCCUCUUGUUACUCUUUCAGAAACUUGUGUUGAAGGAAGUUUUAAUAAAAGAUCAUCUUCUCCUUGUAAUAAUAAAGUAAAUUAUGUUUCAGAAUGUAAACCAAAACGCUCUAUAUCUUCUGAACCAUUUACUCGUCAAAGACUAACAAAAAAGAAUUUAUGUUCUCAUGGACUUGGGUUUCUCUCAAACGAGGAUAAAGAAGAGAGAGUUUAUUAUUGGAUAGAAACAAUUAAAGACUCAAGUCUUUAUCCAGCCCCUUAUUAUUUAUAA